AUGGUUUAUUGGCUCGUUUCAGUUCCCUAUGAAGGUACAUCAGAGAGUGAUAGCAGUAAGACCUUCAAAUUCAUCAAGGACACUCUUCAACAUCAACAACGAGUGUGUGAAUGCAUUGAAUUCAAAGUACCAAAAUUGAAAGUAGGAACUGUGGAUCAAUUAUUGCAACUCUCUGAUGACUUUAACAAGUAUGAUAGCAAUUGUGAACAAAUUACAAUGAAAGCAUUGAAGACAUUGGCUGAUGUUUCUGAACUCACUGAAUCCAGUGAUUUUGUUCCCGAAGUCAUUCUCAAAGAAGAUACAAGUGUUCCAGUUCAAACCUAUCUUGACUUUUUCCAAUGGGAUGAUUCACAAUUUCUCAUUAACAAACCCAUUCGAGAGAUUGCUGAUUCCAUUCACAAGAAGACAACCAAAUUGGAUGAAGAACUUCGUUUCAAGAUUUCAGAAUAUACCAAUUUGAAACAAAAUGUUCAACAAUUGGAACGUAAAACCAGUGGUAAUCUUACUGUUCGUACAUUGGAUGGUAUUAUUAAGAAGGAACACGUGUUGGAGACUGAAUAUUUGACCACAGUAUUUGUUGUCGUCUCAAAGUCUUCAAUUAAGGAAUGGGAACAAAAUUAUGAGAAUUUGACUGAUAUGGUAGUUCCAGAUUCUUCUGAAUUAAUUUAUGAAGACAAUGAUUCUGCAUUGUUCAAUGUUGUGGUUUUGAAAAAGAUUGCUGAUGAUUUUAAGAGUGCAUGUUUGAAGAGAAAAUUUGUGGUUCGAGAAUUCACCUAUGAUGAAGAUAAGGCUAAUUUAUCACACAUGGAAAAGGAAGAAAUGGAUGAAAAGUUAAAAAAUACCAAAAAGGAACUUGUGGAUUGGUGUCAAAUGGUAUUCUCUGAAUGCUUUACUGCAUGGAUUCACUUGAAAGUACUCCGUGUCUAUGUAGAAUCUAUUUUGCGUUAUGGUUUACCACCUUGUUACACUGUGACUCUUUUGAAGAUUAAACGAAAUGAAAAGAAGGUUCACAAAUUCUUUAAGGAACAUUAUGGACAUUUGGAAGAACAAAUGUAUGGAAUGGGUGGUCAAGAGAAUUCAUCGGUGGAUUUGGCUGGUAUGGGAAGUGCUGCCAUGAUGUUAAAUAAUUAUGGUAUGGAAUGGGCACCCUAUGUCUUGAUUACUAUUAAUACUUCUAAUCCAUUCCUUAAAUUGGAAUAA